AUGCUCAAACAAGUCAUUUUCACUGCCCUCUUUUCUUUCUGUUUAGCAAAAGUAUUAGCUACAAAAUUCACAGUAACGUUGAACACAGAGAGUAAUACAGAUAGUUCGCAUUUUUCAUCGCAAUUAAACAAGGAACCAUUAGAAGUUCAUGUCGACACUGAAACGCUAACACCAGAACUAUUAAAGAAAUUUUCUCAAGCUACUAAUAUAUUCUUUUCUGACAUUCCUGGUUCUCCAAAGAUUUUCAAAGCCAAUGAUGAUCUUGAUUUUGAUGAAGACUAUUAUUUUGACGAGGAUGAAGGUGAUGAAGAAGAAAACAAUGAGUUCAGAACGCUCUUGUCAAAUAUACUCGAUGAACCUCGAGAAUAUAUUGAUGCAAUACAAAAACAUAGAAGAUUCUCCGAUGUCAGACAAAUCUUGGAAGAAAUUAUGGAUGAUUUGCCAGAUGACGAUCUAUUCGAAGAUCAUUACAAAUUUGAUCAAGGAUACGAAGCUUUCUGUGAAGAGUGUGAGAACAAAAAUUCAGCAAACUUGCAUAUUGCAAGAGCAAUGGAUAUCAAUACAGAUAAUAAAAUAGAAUCGCUGUCACUCAAUAGUCAUAAGAUAAUUAAUGUCACGAGAGCAAUCGAUACAACCUCUGUCACUUUUGAAUGUAGUACUACAACAGUAAGUUUCAGUGUAUCCAAGACAGAAACACCUACAAGAGUGUUUACAUCACCAAUGGCAGUAGAGGCCACCAGAAACGCCACAUUCACCCCAGCAGUCUCCAACGCAACUGCAGCGACUAGCGGCCAACUUCAAAGUGGAGCUACCUACUUGAUGCCAGCCACCAUGCUGCUGUCAUCCAUCGUCUCGUUUAUAUUCUUUAUGCAAGCGUAA